AGCACACAAAAUUGACGAUUUAGCUUAAAAUCGAAUUCCGUAAAUUCUUAUUUGUAAUUCCUUCAAUUUUUGUGUUAUUUAUGGAUUAACCAAAGUUAAAAGUGUGUUAAAAGUGAUCAUUAUUUACUGCAGAAGAAAAGAAACAUAAAAGAUAACAAAGCGAAGACGAUAAUAAGGAAGAAAAAUGUUUUUUACGAAAAUAUCUAGUCUAAUUCUUAUAUGUGGCUUAAUUCACUACUCUCAGCCGUUUUAUUUGCCUGGAUUAGCUCCUCAAAAUUACUGCAAAAAGUCUGAAAGUUCAAAAUCAUGCAAGUCGGAAGUGACAUUGUAUGUGAACCGCUUAAAUACCGAGGAGUCUGUAAUUCCUUAUGAAUAUCAUCAUUUUGAUUUUUGCACGACUGAUGAAUCAAACUCACCGGUCGAGAAUUUAGGACAAGUAAUUUUUGGAGAACGAAUUCGUCCAUCUCCAUAUAAAAUUAACUUUAUGGAAAAUACAACAUGUCAGGUGUUGUGUAAGAAGCAGUAUGUAGGUGGACAAGCUGACAGUGAGCGACGUCUCAUGAUAAUGAAGAAAGGAAUGAGCUUAAACUACCAACAUCAUUGGAUUAUUGAUAAUAUGCCAGUUACGUGGUGUUAUCCACUUCAAAAUGAUCGUCAAUAUUGUUCAACUGGCUUCAGUAUGGGAUGUUUAGUGAGAAACUCAAAGAAUCCCGAUGUUGAGGAGAGCUGUGCAUUAAAUCCAGCUUAUAAUCGUCCUGGAACUUACUAUCCAUUCAAUCAUGUUGAUUUACUUAUAACUUAUCAUAGCGGUGCCACAGAAGAUUGGGGAAAUACAUUCAAACAGAACGGUGGACGUAUUAUUUCUGUAAAAGUCACGCCCUCAUCAAUUCGUCAUGAUGUAAAUGCUCCUGAUUGCAAUAGUCAACAACCUCUUGAAAUUCCAGCUGCACCUUUAGAACAAGGAAAGACAGUUGACGUACUUUAUACAUAUUCAGUCAAAUUCGUGCAAAAUAAUACGAUUAAAUGGAGCAGUCGAUGGGAUUAUAUCCUUGAAUCUAUGCCCCAUACAAAUAUUCAAUGGUUUAGUAUCUUAAACUCUCUCGUCAUCGUUCUAUUUCUUUCGGGAAUGGUUGCAAUGAUUAUGCUGAGAACUCUCCAUAAAGAUAUUGCAAGAUAUAAUCAAAUGGAUUCAGGAGAGGAUGCCCAAGAAGAAUUCGGCUGGAAACUCGUUCAUGGAGACGUUUUCCGUAGUCCAAGAAAGGGAAUGCUUCUCGCUGUAUUGCUCGGUUCCGGUGUUCAAGUUUUCUGUAUGUCCCUCAUCACACUUGCCUUCGCAUGCUUGGGAUUCUUGUCGCCAGCAAAUCGUGGAGCUUUAAUGACAUGCGCUAUGGUUUUAUUUGUUCUUCUCGGAACUCCAGCCGGCUAUGUGUCAGCUAGAAUUUACAAGAGCUUUGGGGGAAUCAAAUGGAAGAGUAAUGUCCUCUUAACAGCAAUGUUUAGCCCUGGAAUGGUCUUUGGCUUGUUCUUCGUCAUGAAUCUUGUAUUAUGGCAUGAAGAUUCAUCAGGUGCAGUUCCAUUCUCAACACUCGUAGCUAUUUUAGCAUUAUGGUUCGGUGUUUCUGUUCCAUUGACAUUUGUUGGUGCAUAUUUCGGUUUCCGUAAGCGAAGCUUAGAACAUCCAGUGAGAACAAAUCAAAUACCAAGGCAGAUUCCCGAUCAAUCGAUUUAUACACAGCCAAUUCCUGGAAUUAUCAUGGGUGGUGUUUUACCAUUCGGGUGCAUCUUUAUCCAGCUAUUUUUCAUCUUAAAUUCAUUGUGGAGUAAUCAGAUGUACUACAUGUUUGGAUUCCUCUUCCUCGUGUUCCUCAUAUUGGUCAUCACAUGCUCAGAGACCACGAUUCUCUUAUGUUACUUCCACCUGUGUGCUGAAGACUAUCAUUGGUGGUGGCGAAGUUUCCUUACAAGUGGAUUUACAGCCGUCUAUUUAUUCAUUUAUUGCUGUCACUAUUUCGCCACAAAACUUCAAAUUAAUGACGCAGCAAGUACAUUCUUGUACUUUGGCUAUACGCUCAUUAUGGUGUUCCUUUUCUUCCUCCUGACUGGAUCUAUUGGAUUCUUUGCAUGUUUCUGGUUCAUUAGAAAAAUAUACAGUGUCGUCAAAGUCGAUUAAGUUUAGAUAUAUAUUCUUACUAUCCAAAUUGUCCUAUAUAUUAUUAUAAUUAUUUUUAUUUAAUAACAAUAGCAACUUUUUUGACAUCAACUUACAGAAUAAAAUCUUUAUUUGUCUUUGAUAGCACACAAAGCUCCUUUUAAGUAAUAGUCAUUGCUGUAGUCUUGACAUUUUUAGUUUUUUUGGCUGAAAUUCAGGCUCAAAAUGAGUAUAAUAUACAAAAUUAAAGCCUAUAAUUAACCAAAAGCAUCCGAAAAAUUGACUGUGAGGAAGAAAUUUGGAAGGUUUUGCGGGAAAUGAGAAAGAAGCAACAAAAAUAAUUUAAAAACGAUGUGUAAUUAAUUAAAUAUUAAUUUAAAUCAUAAGCAUAAUAUGUUAUUAUUUAGGAUUUUUCUAUGUAACAGAAAGAAAGUAAAAGAAUCAAGUGAUCAGUUUAAUUAAGAUUUCUUGGACGUGGUUCGAUGUUGUAUGGUUGAGGUCUAUUGAUUUGACUGAAAAUUGGCCAGUAAAUCUUAUAAUUUCUAGUUGAAUCUUGUGUGAUGUGUGCUUGAUGGUCCACACUAGUGAUUGACAUAGGCGCAAAGCCCGGAAAGGAUUUAUCUCAUCCUUGACCCAAAAAUUAGUGAACAGCUCUUCAAAUCUCCCUCAAUAACAUUCAAUAUAACCAAAACUAUGCAACAUCACGUUAUCCAGAAGCUAAGGUUGAUUUAUAGUAAAAGUAAUAAGAUGAAACUGGAAAGGACUUGAAAUUUGCGCAUAAAAUAUAGUUUUAUAACAUAACAGAUAACUAUUAAUAGCACUUUUUGGAUUAAACAGACUUCUUCUUCUUAAUUUAAAAAUUGCAAAAUGUAAAUAUUUUUUUUUAAACUAAACAUUUCGACACCUUCUAUUUUGGACUGUCCUAUAAAUUGUGAUGUAAAAGCUAAAGAAUCAAAAAAGGCUUUACAAUUUAAAUUUUAUUUAUAUGAGUCAGCGACGGUUUGGACUUGGAUGGUAUGAUUUGUUUUUCAUUAGUAAACAAUCUGUCAAAUGCGAUAUUGGGAUAUAAUGAACGCUUUUUAGUAACUUGAGCAUUUGCACAUGUGUUGAUUGAAUCGAGUAAACAGCACGCAGUGUUGUUGCUUUAGAAAUCUGGGAAGGAAUGUGCAAAUAUAGGAAAUUAUAAAUCUUGAUGCUUAUCAUAAACACAAUAAAUAAGCUGAGGCUGAAGUCAUUCAGCCUCUCGAACUUAAACAAUGAACUUAUAAGCCAUAAUUUUUUUUUAAAUCAAAUACCAUGUGAUUGUUAUACAAGAAUCAAUAUAAAAGAAUGCUUCCCACAAGUCUAUAUUUUGUCAAGCAGUUCGAAUGCAUAUUUUUUUUUAUCCAAAACAGGUUUAAUCAGGAGUUCGUAAGAAUAUAUGCAUGAUAAAUGUCAAGAGGCAUUGAGUAUUAAAAUUUCUUAUUAACGACUGUAAAAGGAACCAAAACCUUAACAUUUCCAAUCCUUAAUUCGCUUCUGUAUACAAUUAACCCUGAUUUACAGAGAUUUAGCUCUUUAUUGAUUAGGUUCAAGGUCUAAUUAAUCGGUUUGAAAUGUAAAUUGACACUCGAUUGAUCUUACGCUAUUAUUGAGUAUGAGUUGAAUAGCAAUGCACUGGUCCGAAAACGAACUACUAAUGUGGAUAUCCACGAUUUAAGUAGAUUCCCUUUGAAUAAAAAAUUUCUGGAACAAAAACAAUUGCUCAAAUCGAGGACCCCAAGUAAUUGAAAACUUAUCAAAAAAAGCAAGUAGCUGAUCGAUUGACUGAAUCUCUUAUUGACCUUAAUCGAUUAGCUGGUUUGAACUGAGAAUCAAACCCUAAAUUGAUCUCUUAUUCGAUUCUGUUUCAACUUCGAUUUACAAAUCGAACUUAUACUCUUUAAUCCAACAAACAAGCAUAAAUCGCAGACAUAAAUAAACAAAUCACCUAAAUUAGGCACAAACAGAACUGACUCAAAACGUAUUAUUUGGCAAAUUUUAGUGAUUGUUUGUAUCAAGAAAAAUCCUUUUCUGUAAUAAAAUAUCAACAAAAUAAUUUUGGUUUAGUUCUUAAUUAAGCUGUAUAACUCUAUCCCAGAGCUGCGAAACAGGCACCUGUGACAGGUGAGAACCCUACAAUUC